CAAGGCUCCGUCACUAUUAUCACCGUUCACAUAACACACAACACUAUUGCUAGGUGGACGAGUUUCCUGCUUCUGACUAUCAAUAGAAUGGGAACGCUUUUUCAUGUAUUGGUGCUGACAUCACUGGUGGCCUUUUCUCAUCAAUCGGAACCAAAUUUCUGGAUGAAAAAUCUUCUGGGAUUCCAGUAUAAUUCAAGUCGGAAACACAAUGACGAAUGUUCCCUAGAAUUCAGCACAGAAACGAUAGCUCGAAUAAAUCAACUAAAAGCAGACUUACAACAAGGACACUACGCAGCAAUUGUAUUGCAUGUGCAAAUAUAUAUGAAUGAAACAGAAAGUGUUACUGACAUUAUUUGGACAAUGACUUAUCCAGAGGGGACGUUUGUUGCUGUAAACAGCACCGUUGUCAUGACAGCGUUUCUUGCGGAAUCGGCAAAGCGAGAACAAAUCCAGGCGAACAUGACAUGUGGUGGUUUUCCUGAUAAUAAUGGAAUCAUUGCCCUCGAUUUUAUUGGAGCUUUCCUUGAUUUUCUGGGUGGUUCAAGUAAAAGUAUGCCGGAAACCAUGCCAGGAAUUGGUGAACAAACAUGCAACGGAACUUCAAAUUGUACGGAAACGUGCGGGAAGGCGGUAGACGAACCGUUUUUGAUCAACUUCACUUAUUUCUGGGUUGUAAUCAUUCUACUCUACUGUCCAAAUUUCGUGUAUGUGUUUUACGACGCGCUUCAUAUCAAAGCGGAUAACCUCACUCAUUACCAUAAAAAGGACUGGCCCUACAGUGGGAAAAGGUUCCUCCUGAAACUCUCAUACUAUGUCGUCACUCUGUUUCCAUUCUUUCGGAAACAUCUGAAAAAACGCCCAGUGACCAGGUCUAUUUUGAUUUUGUGGAUUGUUAGUAUCAUAGUUCAAAUAGUAAACGGUUGGCUUCAGAUGUCCGAGUUAUCCUCUAAGCUAGCGUAUAAGGAAAUUGAUGGCUGGAUGUAUCGGGCUCUGUCACAAACAAUGCGCUAUCACAUAUAUGGGAUUAUCGUUGUUGGUGGAAUGAUAAUUACGCUUCUACUGCUACAUAUCAUUCCAACAGGUACAUUCCGGCGACUUCUGGAUGAUCCGGAUAUAUACAUGCUGUCCUCAACCGGAAUCUCCAGAAAAUUAUUCGUAAAGAAAACAAAGUUGAAACAACUUCUGAAGCAUGAUAGUCGGAGGGAACUAACUGACGGUCAGACUAUGAUAGCCAUGCACGCUGAGCGAUUUAUGCUUCUUUUUAAUUUUCGGUUCUGGUUUCUGCUUCUGAAAGAAUCGUUUUCAGGAAUACAAUUCCUGAAGACACAUGCGUUUUUGAAAUGUAUGCUAUUGAUACCCGUUCUUAUUUUAUGUUUGUUAUUUUUAACGCUGAAUGUCGUAUUGAACCUGCUCUGGGGGCUGUUUCCUCUAUUAGGGUUAUUUUUCUCGUGUUUGUCGUUGGUAAACUCCUGGUUAGAACUUUUCCGAAUAUGUUUCAUUGCCCUGUAUUUCGCUUUCUUUGUUCUCAUUAUCUGCGGCAAUAAUCUUGUGUUCGUCUUUAACAUUAUGAUAUACACAGCUCUUUAUACUAUUCCAUGUUCCUCGUUUGAUGUUUUAUCGAAAUAUUUUAUGAUAUUUCCUAUUCUUUUAUAUUUGUUCUUUUACUGGACGAAAUUUACAGGAGGCUAUAGAACGAUGUUGGAAUAUAUAUUUAAAUCGAAAUUAGAGGCUUACACUGACAAGGACAUUGAACAGCAACCUGCCAGACAUGUCCAUGGUGGAUCUAUAGCGAUCAAUGAGAAUCUGGACGAACCGGAAGUGACGCAGAAUGUCUCGAUCGAGGAGUUUGAUUUUGUGUGCAGUGAAUGUUCACCGGUCAGAAAGAAAAUUUUAAAUCUCCUGAUAAAAACGAUCUUGACCGGGAUAUUUAUGCUCCUGACGUUAACAGUUCUAUUUUUAAGAAGGGAGGUUGACAGUUUUUCUAAAGUGGCAAAAACAGUUGCUUUCGUCGUCAUAAUUAUUUUACCCCGACUUAUUGAGAAGUUUUGGUCGAGUGAUGAAGAAGCAAAAAAGCAGGAAUUAGAGGAAAAGAUAUCCGCGGCCGUUUGUCGGUGGAAAUAUGAAAAACGUGUGUGUGAGAAAGAUGUACAUGCCAUAGAGUUAGAUGGUGUGAGCUGCUCCUGGUGGAAUUCAUGUUGUAGUACCAGAAAUAGGGAAGCCUCUGAUAGAAACAUACCUACCAGAGAACAGGAGUAUGGUCUUAAAGAAGGCUCGCUUUCCAUGCUCAGCACUGGUACCACUGCGGCGGAACAAACAAUCUAAUGUUACAGGUUUAUUGAUAUAGUAUAGCUUUUUAUAUUAACAAAUUAAUUUACUUAAACGCAGUUUACCUAUCUAAUUCUAUUUCAUAUACUGAUGCGGAUGAACAAUAUACGAUUUUAAUGACCAUAACAUAUUAACAGAGAAAAUUAUAUUUACAGAAUGUAUUUCUUUGACGUGGAUUUUGCUAUAUAUCUACCAUUAUCAUUAAUGCUAAUUUUAAUGACUUACAAAUGAAACAUUACAUUGCUUUACUGCUAUCAAUACAUACAUUUUAUG